AUGAGCUCGCACUUAGUGACGGCAGGAGAUGUCAGCGAGACCGCUGACGACGUGCAGAAACUUGUGCAUGUCACAGAUCAAGCCAAGGACAUUGAUGAGUCCGGUGCUAUGCCGAUCGACGAAGGGCUUUACAGCCGCCAGCUAUAUGUAAUGGGUCGCGAAGCUCAGCUGCGCAUGGGAUCUUCCGACGUGCUCAUUGUUGGACUUGAUGGUCUUGGCGUGGAAAUUGCCAAAAAUGUCAUUUUGGCUGGAGUUAAAAGUGUCACGGUGCACGACGACACACCAGCUAGCAUGCUCGAUCUAGCUUCACAAUUUUACCUGACAGAGGCUGAUAUCGGAAUUCCGCGAGCGGCGGUUUCUGUGAAAAAGCUUGCGGAGCUCAACCCUUACGUGCCUGUCCGUUGCCAUAGUGGUGAGAUCACGGAAAAAUUUAUACAUGGAUUUCGGGCGAUCGUUCUCGUGAAUCAGCCACUUAAAGAUGCAAAACAAAUCGAUGCUAUUUGUCACUCCAAGUCGAUUGCUUUCAUCGCAACUGAGGCCCGCGGCGUCUUUGGCUCAGUGUUUUGCGAUUUUGGGGACAAAUUUACUGUGUCAGACCGCGACGGUGUUGAGCCUAUAAGCUGCUUAAUUUCAUCCAUUUCUAACUCCGUGCCUCUUCUUGUGACUGUGAGUGACGAAACUCGUCACAACCUCGACACGGGGGAUUUAAUUUCUUUUCGCGACGUUCCGGGCUUUUCGUUCUUGAAUGACAGCAAACCGAGGAAAGUAACAGUUACAGGUCCGUUCACAUUUUUAGUUGAUGUCGUUGAUGAUGCGGAGAAAAAGCUUAUAGAGGAGGGACAGCCGUCGUCUGGGGGUUAUAUUACUCAAGUAAAGCAGCCUCUUGUGACCAGUUUUAAUGAUCUUGAACAUGCAAUUGCGGCACCGGGAGAGUUUUUAAUUAGUGACUUUUCCAAACUUGGCCGCUCUGAGCUGCUUCACAUAGCAUUUCAGGCCUUGAACGCUUUUCGGGAAAAUCAUCUAGGUAGCUACCCAAAGCCAGGAUGUAUGGAUGAUGCAGAGGAGGUGUAUGCUCUUGCUAUCGAGAUCAACAAGCAGUACGCUUUGAAAAAUCAAUUUAGCGUCAAGGAUCUUGGCACUCCCGACUCGAAAAAAAUUGUUCAAGCGCUUGCAGCUGGCGCUACUGGCGUCAUAGCUCCCAUGGCGGCAUUCCUCGGGGGUAUUGUUGGUCAAGAAAUUCUGAAAGCGUGCAGCGGCAAAUUCACACCAAUUCAGCAAUUUUUCUAUUUUGACGCAGUUGAGUGUCUUCCAGAGGCUGUACACACUGGAAAUUCGGAUGAGUUCUUGCCGAUUGGCUCUCGAUAUGACGGACAAAUUAGCGUGUUUGGCCGGAAGGUACAGGAAAAGAUAAAAAGUCUGAACAUAUUUCUUGUUGGCGCUGGUGCGAUUGGCUGCGAAAUGCUAAAGAAUUGGGCUAUGAUGGGUGUGGCCUCCGACAAAGAUGGUAUCAUUCAUAUUACUGACAUGGAUACGAUCGAGAAAUCAAAUUUAAAUCGUCAAUUUUUGUUUCGCUCAAAGGAUGUACAGCAAGCCAAGUCCUUAGUUGUAGCUCGAGCUAUCAAACAAAUGAACCCAGAUAUUAAUGUGCAAGCUUACGUGUCUCGGGUUGGCGCAGAAUCCGAAUGCCAGUUUACCGACGAUUUCUUUGAGUCGCUUUCUGGUGUCUGCACUGCACUUGAUAAUGUCGACGCUCGUUUGUAUAUGGACCAGCGCUGUUUAUUCUACGGACUUCCAAUGUUUGAGUCGGGCACGCUAGGAACAAAGGGCAACACUCAGAUAGUCGUUCCGCACACAACUGAAAACUAUGGUGCUUCUCGAGACCCUCCUGAGAAAAGUAUUCCCAUUUGCACACUCAAGAAUUUUCCUCAUGCAAUUGAGCAUACUCUCCAGUGGGCACGCGAUUGGUUCGAAGGAGAAUUUUUUCAAGCUCCGUUGGAUGUAAAUCGCUACUUAAAAGGACCAACGUUUAUAAACGAGCUUAAUGAGCAACAAAAUACGAAGCUGGAAAUCUUAGAGCGGCUCAAAAGCUCGCUUGUGGAUGAUCUUCCGAUGUCUUUCGACGACUGCAUAUUUUGGGCUCGCUCGAAGUUUGAAGAACUUUUUAGCAACCAGAUAAAGCAACUUCUUUAUAAUUUUCCCUUGAACCAGCUUACGACAUCGGGUACUCCGUUCUGGUCUGGACCGAAACGGCCACCGACACCUAUUCAGUUUGAUGCGAAAGAUCCGCUGCACAUGAACUUUAUCAUUUCUGUAGCAAACAGUCGUGCAAAGAUUUAUGGCUUGAAAGGACACACUGACAGAGAUGCAUUUGUACGAACCCUAGACGGUAUAUUCCUCCCGGAAUUUAUUCCUAGAAAAGGUGUGAAAAUUGCUGCUUCCGAUGCAGAGCUUAGAGAAGGAAGCGCUUCACAACAUGAUAACAUGGAUAGCCAAUGCGACUAUAUGUUGAAGAAUUUGCCGAAACCGGAUUCGCUCGCUGGCUACCGCAUGCAGCCUAUCGAGUUUGAUAAGGACGAUGAUUCUCACAUGGAGGUAAUCCUUUCUGUUUCUAAUCUACGUGCGCGAUCGUACACGAUUCCAGAGGAGGAUAUGCACAAAUCGCGUUUCAUAGCUGGAAACAUCAUACCGGCCAUUGCUACAACAACAGCACUUGUGACUGGACUUGUAUGCUUCGAGUUUCUAAAGGUGUUUCAGAACAAGCCAUUAGACCACUACAAAAAUGGAUUUGUAAAUCUUGCGCUGCCACUAUUUACGUUUGCGGAACCGAUCGAGCCAAAAUAUACAAAGACAAUGAUAAAAGGCAAGGAACUCAAGUGGUCGGCGUGGGACCGCCUCGAGGUGGACCGGGGUGAUAUGACGUUGAAGGAAUUUCUCGCGUUUUUCGAGAAAGAAUAUGAUGCUGAGGUGUCUAUGCUUUCGUACGGAGUAACGAUUCUUUAUGCGAUGUAUUCUGCUAAAUCGCGGUCCAAGGAGCGGAUGGAGAUGAAGAUUUCCGAUCUGAUUCGCACAGUGACCAAAAAGCCUAUUGAUUCCAAGUUAAAGUACCUUAUUCUGGAGGUGUGUGCCAUGGAUGCAGAUGGAGAGGACGUAGAGCUGCCUUACUUGCGUUACCGUAUCAAGUAG